AUGGAGGAGUACAGAACUGUCUCCGGUGUUGCGGGACCUCUUGUCAUCCUUGAAAAAGUCAAGGGACCUAAAUACCAAGAAAUUGUCAACAUCCGUCUUGGCGAUGGAACUACACGACGUGGUCAAGUUCUCGAAGUUGAUGGCGAGAAAGCUGUUGUUCAGGUUUUUGAAGGAACAUCUGGAAUUGACAACAAAUACACAACUGUGCAGUUUACAGGAGAGGUUUUGAAAACUCCUGUUUCGUUGGAUAUGCUUGGUCGCAUCUUCAAUGGUUCAGGGAAGCCCAUUGACAAUGGUCCACCUAUAUUGCCUGAGGCGUACUUGGACAUUUCUGGAAGUUCUAUCAAUCCCAGUGAGAGAACCUAUCCUGAAGAGAUGAUUCAGACGGGGAUAUCCACCAUUGAUGUCAUGAACUCUAUUGCCAGAGGGCAGAAGAUUCCCCUCUUUUCUGCUGCAGGUCUUCCCCACAAUGAAAUCGCUGCUCAGAUCUGUCGUCAGGCUGGUUUGGUUAAGCGUUUAGAGAAGUCGGAUAAUCUUCUUGAGCACCAGGAGGAUGAUAACUUCGCCAUUGUGUUCGCAGCAAUGGGUGUGAACAUGGAGACUGCGCAAUUUUUUAAGCGGGAUUUCGAGGAGAAUGGGUCGAUGGAGAGAGCGAACGACCCCACUAUUGAACGUAUCAUUACUCCACGAAUUGCUCUCACGACGGCUGAGUACUUAGCAUAUGAAUGUGGAAAGCAUGUCCUUGUCAUUCUCACAGACAUGAGUUCCUACGCUGAUGCUCUUCGUGAGGUCUCUGCUGCUCGUGAAGAAGUGCCUGGAAGGCGUGGUUACCCAGGUUACAUGUACACUGACUUGGCUACAAUAUACGAGAGAGCAGGACGAAUUGAGGGGAGGAAAGAUAUCACGCAUCCCACACCAGAUCUGACAGGAUACAUCACAGAGGGCCAAAUCUAUAUUGAUAGACAACUUCACAAUAGACAGAUAUACCCCCCGAUCAAUGUCCUGCCAUCUUUAUCUCGUCUUAUGAAGAGUGCCAUUGGGGAGGGUAUGACUCGCAGGGACCACUCUGAUGUUUCUAAUCAAUUGUACGCCAAUUACGCUAUCGGAAAGGACGUUCAGGCCAUGAAAGCGGUGGUCGGAGAAGAAGCUCUCUCUUCCGAGGAUCUGCUAUAUCUGGAGUUCUUGGACAAAUUCGAGAGGAAGUUUGUGGCGCAGGGAGCUUACGAUACCCGGAAUAUCUUCCAGUCACUCGACCUGGCAUGGACACUCCUGCGGAUCUUCCCGCGUGAGUUGCUUCACCGUAUUCCCGCGAAAACCCUCGACCUCUUCUACAGCCGCGACUCCACCAACUGA